AUUUUAGCAGCUGUUGCUGAUCGGAUGAUACCCUUGGAUCACGCCGGCAGUGAGAUCUUACACGAUGCCCUGGCUAUACUCAGCUGCAAGGAGAUAAAGCUGUCCACGCUGAGAACUAAAGGUGUAGAAGAUACAGGGGAGGAAGCCGAAGACAUGGCUCAGAUUGUGACUGCAACGGCAAAAAAGGUUCUCAUCAGUCAAGUCGUCAAAAGAAAUGUCAUUGAAAAUGUGGUACCUGUUGUUAUUUCACUGAAGCACAUG